AACUAAAAUUCAAAGUAACUCUACACUGAAACCUUGCAAUGUCAUCCCCCCAUGUGCUUGUUGUGGAUGAUACCCAUGUUGAUCGACAUGUUAUUUCCAUGGCCUUAAUGCGCCAUAACGUCCGAGUGACUGCAGUAGAAAGUGUCAUGCAAGCAUUAGUAUUUUUGGACUCGGAACAUGAUGUGAACAUGAUUGUUAGUGACUAUUGUAUGCCAGAGAUGACCGGCUAUGACUUACUCAUGGAAGUGAAGAAAUCACCUAGACUGGUACAUCUCCCGGUGAUAAUUGCUUCCUCUGAUAACAUCCCAGAAAGGAUCAGAAAGUGCUUCGAUGGAGGAGCAAAGGAUUAUAUUCUGAAGCCAGUCAAGAUUGCUGAUGUGCCUCGUAUUCUGAACUACAUAUGAUUGGCAAGAUGAAGAAAGAAUGAUCAAGAUGGAAUAAAAUUUUGUGUUAAGAUUACCUAGCUAUUUAUGUACUUUGUUUGCUAUAUGAGAAAGCAAAAUUUGUUUGUUACCAAAUAGAAAUGAAUGACAAUUAUCUGGGAUUAAGAAAUCAAACUCAAAUACUUCCGGUGCCUUCUCUCGAAGAAUAUGGUUCUAUGAUAUGGUUUUUCUUUUUACCGGAAUUUAUCACAUGGUAUUGUGUUGUUUUAACCAAUCAAUCACUUUAAGAGGUGUGUUAAACAAUUAGACAUAUAAAGAGGGGAUGAAAAUUAACAAUACAUCUCUCUACAGAUUGACAUCAAACAUAAUCAGGAUAUGAUUCAUUCAUGACGUCCUCA